AUGGAUACCUAUAAAUUUGAUAUUCCACUGGUACCUGAUGAGUGUGUACCUCGUUAUUGUGUCUAUUUUGUCAAUGUCCUAUUGGAGCAUCGUCAUAGCGCCCUGAAUGACCAUGAGCUCCUUAAUUCUAUCCAGGAUGUCCUAGACACUCUCCUCAAAUCAUUAAUUACAGUGACGUCUACGCCAGAACAGGAACGAAAUAGGCACUAUGUGUCUAUUGAGGCCAGAGGCUACUUUGUAACUCUUGGUGAUAUUUUUUGGGCGGCGUAUAUCAGGCUCUUUGCAUGGAAACGUGAUCUGCCUGAACUUGGCCUUCCCUUUGACCAAUUGAAGCGCCAGUACAUGGUAUAA